AUGGCUCCCGUCGCAGACUCCCCGGAGAUUCUCCCAAUCACGCCUAAGACGGCAAAGUCCAGCCCGGGCGUGGACUACUUCGACGCCGCGACUACGACGCCUGAGAUGGUGAUUGACUCGUUGGUGCGCAACGGCGGAUGCUUUGUCAAGAACCUCCUGUCAACCCAAGAAGUCGACACCAUUGUGUCCGACAUCCGCCCGUACAUCGACGCCGAUGUGGCAUGGACCGGCGAUUUCUUUCCCAAAGAAACCCGUCGAGUCUGCUCGCUGGCCGAAAAGUCUCCGACCUUCAUCCAUAGGGUUCUGGCCAACCCGCUCUAUCUCGAGGUGUGCGACAAGAUGCUCUCGUCCGAGAUCGAAUCCUGGACGGGCGAUGUGUACGAGAAAUCCAUCUCGCCACCGCAAGUCAAUGCGACCAUCGCCUUUUCCAUUGGUCCUGGCGCCAGAGCCCAGGGUCUGCAUCGCGACUCGAUUGCCCACCAUAACCGUCACCCGGCCAUCACCGCCGCAGAGUACAAGAUGGGCAGGGACUCGGCCAUCGACAUCUUUGUCGCGGGCAAGAAGGCCACCAAGGCCAACGGCACCACGCGCUUCAUCCCGGGCUCGCACCUCGAGCAUUAUUUGGAGAAGCCCGACGAGAGCAGGGCCAUCUACGCCGAAAUGGAUCCCGGUGACGCUUUCAUCAUGCUGGCCUCCUGCUACCACGGUGGAUCGGCGAAUACUACCGAAAAUGAGGAACGACUGAUGUUGGCUGGCUUCAUGACCAAAGGAUAUCUUCGCCAGGAGGAGAACAUGUAUCUCGGUGUUUCACAAGAGGCCGUCAAGCAAUAUCCCAGGCAUAUCCAGGAUAUUCUCGGUUAUGGCCUCAGUGCUCCUUUCCUCGGCUGGGUUGACCUCAAGCAUCCGAGAAAGGUCCUCUACCCGGAUGAAGACUUGGAUGACGAUAUGUACUAG